ACGCUGUUCUCUUUCGCUCCUUGACCCCCCAGACCUUCUCAAGCGCUUCUAUUCCUGCAUUCAAUCUUCAUUCGCUUCAGUACCAACACUACCUACUAUGAAUGUAGACGAUCACACGGUUGCUCAUCAGGGCGUGCAUCUCGUGGUUUUACACCAUGGUCUGUGGGGUAACGUCGGGCACGUCCGGUAUAUAGCCGAGCAAUUUAAGCAGCGACUCGGUGACCGAAUCCUCGUGUACCGUGCACAGGCCAACGAAUCCGCGUUGACAUACGAUGGCGUCGAUAUCUGUGGUCGGCGCCUUGUUCAAGAGAUCCACAGCGUCGUCAAAGUAAUUGAGGACGGCGGCAACAUUGAAGAGAUGAAGGGUCAAAAGCACAAAAAGAAAAAGAGGACGAUAGCAACAACAAUAACGACGACGACGUCCCCGGACACCAGCAAUUCGGAUCGGAAUCUGUCGGAGAACUUGGAGGCCCCAAUGAGGAAUGGCUCGAAGAAAAAAGUUACCCAGUUCUCAUAUCUUGGCUAUUCGCUCGGAGGAUUGAUCGGUCGAUUUGCGAUGGGUCAAUUGGAUCUCGAAAAGUUCUUUGAUCCUGUUGAGGAUGGUGGUCGAGGGAUUGAGCCGAUGUAUUUUGUGACAAUGGCGACACCCCAUCUGGGAAUCCGGUUGCCGCCUUUGUCCAGAUGGAGCAGGAUCUUCAAUUAUCUGAGCGCACGCAUGCUUAGUCGGACAGGCGAACAGCUUCAACUCAUAGACGACUACAUUGGUGGCAAGCCUCUUCUGUUGAUCAUGACAGAACGAUCGAGUAUUUUCAUGCACGCGUUGGCAAGGUUCAAGCGGCGGGCGAUCUAUAGCAAUAUCCGGAAUGAUCGAUCUGUACCCUUCUGGACCGCAAGUUUCUCAGACGCGGAUCCAUUCAGGGAUCUUGAUUCCAUGGAAAUUCAAUAUCACUCUGUAUAUUCGUCGCUGGUCGAAUCUUUCGGGCAACAGGACCUGGAGGCCAUCGCACAACGGAAACAAGAACGGAAAGAAGCCCUGAAGAACGCGUCUUUUAUAAAGAGAGCUCUUCACCGACUCAAGGCAAUUCCUUGGAAGAAAUACGCCCUGUUUGUGCUCCUCGGACCCAUCCUGCUCCCACUCUGGAUCGUUUUCGCGUGUUCAACCAUCUCGAUCCAGGGACUGAACUCCAGGCGGAGGACCAAGCACAUGGUCCAAUCAGAUCAGGACCUGCAUAGAAUGCGGGAUGAGAGCCUGAUCACCAGGAUCAGCACGCAGACUGGAGGCGAUGACGAGGAGUUUGGUACGGCUUUAGUCGAUCAGGAACAACAGCGGCAGGAGGAGGAGGAGGAUGGACAAGAGGAGCAGUAUUCGCAACCAUCGUACGAAACGGUCGUUCAUGUCCAACCUAUCCCACAGAACACCAACGCGGAUUCCUUGCUCACGCUGAACACGCCCUCGAACGAGUCCUCCUCGAAGAAGAAGUCUAUGAAACCAUCGACCUCUGCUACAACUUUGAUGUCCGAAACCCUAGCCGGAGACUCUGAGGCGCAAACGUCGCUUUCGUAUCCACAUUUGAAGAAGAUCAAACCGCUUGCACUGCUGCCUGUUCAGGUCGAGAUGUCGAAGAACCUGAACAGGUUAAAGUGGAGGAAGAAUAUCAUCCAUAUCGAGACGUUUAAUGCGCAUGCAUCGAUCGUCGUGAGAGAGAAGCGGUUCUCGAACGAUGGAGGCGUGGCAGCGGUGCAUCAUGCGGUGGAUAUGUUUCAGGAUGAUGGUGAGGAUGAAUAAGAAAGUGGGUCUUUGGGGACAUGACAAAGUCGUCUUUUCUAACAUAUACCAAUAAAAACAUGUCCAC